AUGAAAAUGUCAGAAGCCUCAAGUAGUAAUCAAUGCAACGGUCAAUCGUGUUGCGGUCAACCACAGUGUAUCGCCUCCUUCUGUUCACCCCAAGUCACAACCGGAUGCACGCCACAGCGACGUGUUACUGGAAUACUGAUGCCAACAUUUGCAGGAGGCAAGUAUAUGUGUCUGAAGCCCAGCCUUUCCUGUGGCGUCUACGGUAAUCCCCCAUCCUGCCAAUCGGAGAAAUUGGAUGAAUGUCAGGUAGAAGAGAAGAAACUUGCAAAAAAAGAAUCCCCACCUCCACCUCCACCCCCUCCUCCUCCUCCUCCUCCAGAAAAGGACUCGUGUGCACCUGCAAAGCGUCAGGAUCCCUGCCCUCCCACGUAUCCUGGGCUAGAAAAGUGCGGAGCCAACCGACCUACGCCAACGCAACAGAAAGCUCUACUUACCAGGACAGAUUGUGUCACGUCCAAGUCUGCCAUCCCAUCAAAAGAAAAGUGUCCCCCUGUUCAGUGUACACCACCGUUAGCCCAAGACAAUUGUUUGCCCCAGAAAAGCGCCACAAAGCCCAAUUGUCCUCCUCAAAACUGUGUAACAAAAGAAGAAGAAAGAAGAAGCGUCGGUGCACUAAUACAAUGCGGCGCACCAGAACGCGCGUCUCCGACGCGUUCAUCAGUUGCUGACUCUCCUAUCAGUCCAAUAAAUCGCGUCUGCUCUCCACCCAGCUAUCAGGUUUGUGCACCACCACAAGCCGAUGACCCCAGAGUAAACAAGGCUUUCCCUCCCACUACUUACGUGCCCCAAAUGGACUACUGCGCUGAGAACACAAGGCCUAAUUGUCAAAGUCCGAUGAAUUCGGAGUGUGUGAUUGCUACACCGCCAACUCCAGACAUGCGGUGUAUUACAGAGGAAGUGAAUAGAAGGAUAAUGCAGUUGGGAAAAGAGUGUUCGACAAACUCGGGGACGUCAAAACCUCCUCCGAAUAAGACACAGAACGUCUGUGAAACGUAUUCGCCAGGAACCGCUGUUUGUCCAGAUGCCCAGCCUACCUUACAAAGAUGCCAGACGCCGACCAACAAUCCGUGUAAACCCACCCAACCAGACAAUUGCCCACCUCAGCGACCACAAUCGUCGACCCAAUGGGGGAUGGACAACUGUCCGCCCCAACGAACAACCAACAAUAGGAGCCCAUCACCAAGAUCAAACAAUAACAUGCAGCAUGAGGAUGAUAACGAUACAUCGGACAACUCUUACUGCUGGAAGUAG